AUGCCGCAUAUAUGCCAAAAAUGUGGAGCCUCUUUUAAUCGACCUUCGAGAUUGAUAGUUCAUCAACGAAUUCACACAGGAGAGCGGCCUUUUAAGUGUCCCUGUGGGCGUAGUUACAUACGCCAGCAGCAUCUGAAAAGACAUUCGAUAAAAUGUUCUGGCCAGCCUAGUGAAUACAGGAAGCCCAAAUCCCUUCUAAAUAAAUCAAAUAAUCUUAAUGAAUAUUUUUGUCCAAAGUGCAAUGCCGGACCAUUUUCGAAAAAGAAAUCUGUUUGGGCUCACAUUGCCAUCGUACACGGUGAACGCCGAUUUAAAUGCGGAAAAUGUGAGGCAGCAUUUCCAACUCAAUCAAAACUCGAUCGACAUUUAAAUCGACAUCAUAAUCUUCAAUGCCCUAAAUGCGCCAUGGCUCUUUCUGAUCCAGAUUUUGUUCCUCUUGGCCCUCUUUUCAAUCCUAACCAACGAUUUGAAGACUUUUCUGAACUUCGAUUACAUAUGGCUGAGGCACAUCCUAAGCAAAAAUUCACUUGUAAAAAAUGUGAGGCUCAAUUCUCCCGUCUUUCUCAACUUCAAGCACACGAGACCACUCAUCUCCCACUAAAAGAGAGGAAGGUCUUCAUAUGCCCUCACUGCUCGGGAUCCAACGUAACGGGAACUAAUGAGGAGACCGGUGAAGCCGAUAUAGAUGUUCCAAAGCCCGUGGCAUUUGCCUCCAAACGUAGCCUUCAGGCGCACAUUCGAGCUGUUCAUGCGAUCAAGCUCCGACGAUUUCCCUGCACAUACAUCAAUUGUCCUGCUAUCCUCUCAACUAAACAAAAGCUCCAGGCCCACUUGUCUCGCCACAAAGAGGCAGCAUCUAACCUGGAAGUCAUUCGAGUAUUUCAGCGUCCUUCUCUCCAUCCACGUUGGACGCGAUUCAGCUCACCUUUAGACCACGAAGCACAGUCAAGUCCAAAGCGGCGCAGGAAGUGUGUUCCUCUUCGUGAUAUGCGAGAAGCUUGGGAGACUGACAGUCAGAGUUCCAUUCUGGCUGCGCUUAAUAGAUAG